UUCACUUCCAUUGUACCAACAGUCCUCAGUCCUUUCCUUCUCCCGCUCGACAGGAAAUCAGGAACAACACAAGGCGGCAUCGUCAGCUUCAAGACAGGAUCGGGCAGCACAGGACACAGGACGGGACACAGCAAGAAACGCGACCAUGCUGCUGCGAGCAGUGCUCCACGCAUCCAGACCAGCGACACCAUCCCCUUCACACCUUCGACAUGGCGCAUUGACGACAUCACUGCCUUUUGCUUCCCUUCGCACACGAACAUUCGCCUCCAAGACUUCACCGCCGCCCUCAGGCAAGCGACCGCCUCCGCCACCGAAACCAUUCAAACCCAGCUCGACGACAGGCCGAGCUCGUCAGACGUCCCCGGGAACGACGGUACCGAAAGAUCAGACAUGGACACCCAAAGAUGGGAUCAAAUUUGAUAAAAAGCCCAGCGCUGCGACACCCAAGGGAGCUGGCGCAGCAUCAGCGACCGCCGCGGGAGUGGGCCAUGCUGUUUCAUCGCCGGUAGAAGGCGCAAGGACCACCGAUGCAGCUUCGACGCAGUCGCCGCUAGGAGGGGAUAAUGAACCCACUCAGCAGAUUCUGCAAAUGUUUCAAGAGGGAAAGGGUAUUGCUGAUAUUGCCAAGUUUGUGCAACAGUUGCCGCCGGACCAGCAGCAGAAAUUGAAAGACAUGACGCCUGAUGUACCGCCCUUGACGACGCAGCAGUUCCAGAAGGCGGAGGAGAUGCGCAGUGCGGGCAAGAGUUGGGAGGACAUUGCAGCUGAAAUCAAGUUGCCGGUGAAUGAGAUGAGGGCACAGGUGGGUGGCAUGGAAAGUGCGAAGGAGCCGGCUGCUCAAGAACCAUUGGCGCAAAAGUUAGACGCAGAUGAGCCAGUCGCUGGUUCGAUACGGGACCAGGCACAGGAGAAAGUAGCGGCCUCAGAAAACACUCCAGCUCCAGAUGUGGGCGAGGAAACAGGUCCGAAGCAGACCGGACCCCUCCCAGACCUGCGACAUGGCAUUCCCAGCACGUUCGACUUGGAGUUCAACCAAGCAAAGACGAGAGACAAGCAGCAAGAUGCAGCAGAGUCGGAAAAGGAUACCUUUGACUUGAUUGACAAGGCUCAGCGCAGGCCAAAAGAUGAUGGCGAGGAGGGCGAGAAGCAGUACGAUCGCAAGGCGUACGAGACUUCUCUGGACAGGAGACGUGAAAUGCUCAUGAACUACCUCUACGCCGCAGUUCUCGUCUGGGCACUUUUGAGCGGCUUCUACCUCGGCCGACCGUUCGGUGAAUAUGACGAACUUCCUGCAGGUCUCACGCAAGACGAAGCUGCUGGCUGGACACCACAGAAGAUCUGGAAUCGCAUCCGAGGAAGACUGGGGAACCAGGUCGGCCACUACACUGAACCUGCUUUCCCCAAGCUCCUCCCAGAUGUGCCUGAAUCGCAACGACCGCCAUUCACACUCGUCUUGUCGCUCGAAGAUCUCAUGAUCCAUACGACCUGGGACACCAAACACGGCUACCGUACCGCCAAGCGUCCCGGAAUUGACUACUUCAUUCGCUACUUGUCACAAUACUAUGAACUCGUUCUCUUCACCUCCGCACCUCGAUCGAUGGCCGACCCGAUCGUCGCCAAGCUCGACCCCUACCACUUCAUCAUGUGGCCUCUCGGUCGUGAAGCCACCAAGUACGAAAACGGCGAGUACAUCAAAGAUCUCUCCUACCUCAACCGUGAUCUCAAGAAGACCAUCAUCAUCGACACCCACGCGCCGCACGUCAAGAACCAGCCCGAGAACGCCAUUGUCAUCCCCAAAUGGAAUGGCAGCCCGAAGGACACUCACACCAAAGACCUGGUAGCACUAAUUCCCUUCCUCGAAUACGUCGCCACAAUGGGCACAGAAGACGUCCGCCAAGUCCUCAAAUCGUUUGAAGGACAGUCCAUCUCCGAAGAAUUUGCCCGUCGAGAACAAGUGGCUCGCGAGAAAUUUCAAGCACAACUCGCCGCCGAGCAACGAAGAAAACCCAAGUUCUCUCUCGGCAGCAUCGUCACUGGCUUGGGAGUACAGGGUGGAAGCGGUGGUGGCAUGGUUCUUGCGGAUGGACAAAGUGUUGCCGAGGGCUUGAAGCAGGGCAAAAUGCUGAGUGAUCAGAUCCGGGAACAAGGACAAAAACAGUAUGAGCAUUUGGAGAAGCAGAUUCGGGAGAACGGUGAGCAAUGGCUGAAAGAGGAGGCCGAGGAGAUGAAGAAAUUGCAAGAGGCGCAGAUGAAGGACAUGAAGGCCGGAGCUGCCAGUUGGUUCGGGCUAGGUGGUGGAGCAAAGAAGGAAUAGAAGAAGCGUUGACGAAGACGCAUUGAAUGUGGGUUCUCUACUCUUAUGAGAAACUAGCUACGGCUAGUUCAGAUUGUGCAUGAAUGAUGCAUUUUAGCGGGCGGCGGAAGGGGGGUGUGAGAGAGACAAAAGAAUACAUGCUGUAUAGCCACUAUGAGCGCCUGGACACCUGAGCGAGCCGGACGAGGUUUGCACAUGUGUAUGUACGUUAUUGAGUGUUGUAUCAAGAAGGGAAUAACGAACGAAAUACAUUAUCAUAAAGAC